AUGGAGGCUAUUCAGCAGGAUAUGGAGCCGUUUUGGACAGAAAUGAAUGCUUUGCGGUCAGUGAUCAACACAACGGACGUAGAUCCAGCUUGUAGAGGAGCCUGUAAGAAGGCACUUGAAGCCAACGCCUGCGGCAGUAAUCCAUGGCAAAACCCACAUCUGGAAGGAUUUCGUGCCGAAGCGCUUGAGUAUCUCCGUAAAGAGAAGGAAGGGUACAUGACAACAAACAUUCUGUACCAAUUUUGGAUCCAAGAGGCGUCAAAGAACCGCAAGUUGUGCGAAACUCAAGAGCAAGUGCUACAGGGUAUUUUCGAGAGUCACAACGAAGAAACAGCCAAGUUACGUAGCAACAUGGAGGCUAUUCAGCAGGAUAUGGAGCCGUUUUGGACAGAAAUGAAUGCUUUGCGGUCAGUGAUCAGCACAACGGACGUAGAUCCAGCUUGUAGAGGAGCCUGUAAGAAGGCACUUGAAGCCAACGCCUGCGAGCUUGCCAAACAAGUGGACGAGACAAAGUCGAAAUACGCUGACUUUGAAAAGCAAGAAGCGAAGUUGCGAGAAGAGCUAAAAUACGCCAAGGAACAGCAGAAGGAGCUGCAGUCAAUGCAGAAGAAAGAGCUAAAGAAACAGAAGAACAAUUUGGGCAAAAAGUGCACGAAAAUGAAGAGCUAG